CUAAAAUAAAUAAUUUGAAAAAUGUGUAAAAAUUUGGAUUAUGAUACUUUAAACCGCUACAUUAAACAACAAGAAUGGAAAAAUCUCGCAGAAAAUUUAAAAAAUGGUCUUGCUUUAGAACUAAGCAGUACAGGAGAACCUAAAAAAUUUCAUCUACAAGUGGUUGAUUUUUUACAAAUACUACUCAACAUGUGUUUGGAAGAUAAAAAUAUGAUAGAAAAUGUUUUAGUGGAAGUUUUGAGAGGUUUACGCAACUGUGUUACUGAUUCAAACAUACAAGAAUCUCUAUUAACUGAGGAUUUUAUAAUUAAAUUAAGAAGAGUGUAUUUAGAAGUUAAGGAUGAUCAAAAUUAUAAAUUAUGUACCAAGAUAAUGAUGCAGCUUUUAAUUAAUCUUUCUGUUAAAAACCCUAAUGGUGCUAAACUAAUUUAUAAUGAAUUUAGCGAUAUAUCAGAAUGCCUUGAAAAAGAGUGUAACGUAUAUGAAGUAUCAGCCUUAUUGCAUUAUAUGUCUUUGCAUGUACCAUUAAAGAAUUUGGAUGCAAAUUUAGUGAAUAAAAUUGUGGAUUUAUAUCACAAAGUUGAAAAAUGUGAAUUUCUUCAUUUUUUGUUGGAGACCAUUUGUCAGUAUGGCUAUUUCUGGAGCUUUUAUAAUGCAUUGGAAUAUGAUUGUAAAUUAACAAUAUUAGGAAUUAUAAAAGAAAAACAAACGAAAGAAAACAAAAUAUUUUUUGUGAAAGAAGGACUUGAUGUAAUGAUGAAAAUUUUUAUUGAUUCAUCACAAACAGUUUUUACUUCUGGUGAUAAUAAAAAAGCUUUAGAAAUUUCUUUGGUGCUUCAAAUAUUAUCACAAGUUACUGGUAAUUCUCAAAAUUUCUUGGAAAUACUGCAAAGUAAUUCAGAUUUAUUAAUACAAGCUGCUAUUUUGCUUAUUAAUAUUCACAGACUGGGAAAAUCAUCUGAUAAUUGCUUUACACAAGUUCCAAAACAUUCUGAAGUAUCUGAAGAUUUUAAAGAAAACCCUGCAUAUGGUUUUAAAGGCGAUCUUGUUAGGUUUAUUGGUAAUUUAAAUUGGACAUGUAAGAAAAUGCAAGACUUGACCAGGGAAGCUGAACUUAUUCCUGUUAUUUUAGAAUGCUGCAAUAUUGAUGAAAAAAACCCAUUUAUUAUGCAAUGGGCAAUAUUUGCAAUCAGAAAUAUUUGUAAGAAUAACUUGGAAAAUCAAAAAUUCAUUGCAGCUAUGAAAAAACAGGGGACUGUUGAUGGUAAUACAUUAAAUAAAGUGGGUUUAACAUUAAAUAAUGAUGGUGAUAAAAGUAUUGGAAUUGUUAAUCUUGAUGACAUAAGAAAUAAUUGAAAAAAAUAAGAAAAUCUACAGGUAAUUAAAAAUUUGUGACCACUGUGAUAUGUUAAAGGAUGC